GGUGAAAAUGAUUCAGAUAAUUGAGAAACGGCUCCACAUUUUCAAACAACAAGAGAGUGUGGAGAAGGCAGAGCAGAAAUCUUCGAGUCAGACUUAGGAGAACACAUUGGCUGGGCCUGCAUCUUUAGUUUUACAGACGGCGCCUCAGACAUGUCUGACAGAUACAAUGAAAUUCGAAGAGAGAGCGGGCACAUGGGGAAUUGUAUCCCCUCCGGUCAACAACUCCCCAGGACUCCUCCUAUGAUGGAUGUGAAAAGACACUUGGAUUUUUGUAAUGAAGAUCAGAAUGAGGAUUGUGAGGAGACCCAGCAGGGAGCGCAGGCAGGUUCAAGAAAUCAGGAAGAAAAUGAGCUAAACAGGACAUUUGAUUUCAACCCUCUUGAGAUUAAAACAAAACCAGACGACCCUACCUCCAUGCUGAAAGGGAUGAAGGGCUAUCAGCUGACGCAGAGUGACUUGGAGUUCAUCGAGAAGAUGAAGGAAGAAAAACUAGCUAAGAAGCUGCAGGGAGAUCUGGAAGAGAUACAGAGGCUGUUAAAGAAUCAAAUGAUGGCGUUCGAGCUGACAUGUGCAACCAGGGAGAAAGCACAGGCUGAGCUUCAAAAGUUCCCCUCCUGUGAAGACCUGACCCGGUUGAUGAAGGUGGUCCUCAAAACCUCCACGCCUCUGACAGAUUUAACAGACCUCGACGCCAAGUCUCUCCUCGCCACGGUGACCGAAGAGGACGUCCAAACAGCCAUGGCCGAGAAAAGGAUUGAGCUCACUCGGAUGGAGAAGAUGGUGGCAAACAAGAAGAAGAAGGAGGCCAAGCUUGAAAAAAAGGUCGCCGCUGAACAGAUGAAGAUACAGGGUUUGAUGAGCCAGUUAUUCACCCUUAAAUCUGAACUAACACAACAAGAGGAAGCUAACAAAGCUCUUGAACUGCAGAUCAGCACCCAAAAAGCUCAAGAAAGCAAAGUGGAAGCAGAAGAAGUAAAAACCUCGGAUGAACCACAGGCCACCAAAGUUAAUAGUCGAGGAAGGGAAAGAAAAAAUGCUGUAAAAUCUAAAGAAAAUGUGCAAGACUCAAACCAAAGUAAAUCAACAAAGAGCAAAGUCACAGAGGGUAAAAAAAACAUUCAAACUGGUGCGCAGCGCAGCAGAAAACCAGCUGCUGCAGAGGACCAACCAAACCCAGGUCUGAGAAGAUCCAAGAGGAUAGCCAACAGGACCUGAUGGCUUUGAUGGUUGAGUCCCACUGAAAUAUAUCUUUUGAAUAUCUCAUUAAGUAUACUCGUAAAUAUACUCAAACUGGAAUCAAGGUUUCCUACAGCAUAAAAAAUAUGAACUUUGUUAACGCCCAUUUUUCUUUGACUGGAUGGGCUAUGAAGUUACGACCCCUAAGUAUCCCUGUGAGAAUUUUCCCUGUUAUCAAAUUAGCAUUUUAACCAAGUGCACAUUAUUUUUUUUUUGUUAUAUAUUAUUUGAGCUGUUUUAUUUUACUGUAAAAUGUAAUUUUGUCUAGACAUAGUGUAUGCUUCAAAGCUGAUGCUCUGCUCUGUCUGGGUUUACAAAAUAUUAAAAGUAACAACUUUAA